GCGCGCGCGGCCGGAAGCGGGCCGCCCGCGCCAGUGGCGGUGGCCGCGGCGGGGAUGGGCGAUGUGGCGGCUGGGUGCCACCUGGGCGCGGCCCGCGGCGCUGCGCGGGGCCCGGCCGCGGCGGGGAGCGACGAUUGGAGUCCCCGGAGCCGCCUGCGCGGGCGGAGUGGCCGCGAGCUCCUCGGCGACCGGCCUGGCGCUGCGCUCCCGGCCCGGCCCCAGCGGCGCUGGCGGCUAUAAACAUCUGAUAAAAGAAGAUGAUAGAAAGACGGUUAUAUGUAUCGAGGGGAACAUUGCAAGUGGCAAAACAACAUGCCUGGAUUACUUUGCACAGACCACCAGCAUUGAGGUUUUGACAGAACCAGUGGCUAAGUGGAGGAAUGUCCGUGGUCACAACAUCCUGGGCUUAAUGUACCAAGAUGCUUCAAGAUGGGGGAUAACUCUGCAGACUUACAUCCAGCUUACAAUGCUGGAGCAGCAUACCAAGCCAAUGAUUUCCCCUGUGAGAAUGAUGGAGAGAUCAAUCCACAGUGCAAAGUACAUUUUUGUAGAGAACCUGUACCGCAGUGGGAAGAUGCCAGAGGUGGAUUAUGUUGUCCUGAGUGAAUGGUUUGACUGGAUCCAGAAGAACACUGAUGUUUCAGUUGAUUUGAUCGUUUAUCUGCAGACUUCUCCUGAAGUUUGUUAUGAGAGGUUAAAGAGAAGAUGCAGAGAAGAGGAAAAGAUCAUUCCUCUGGAGUAUUUAGAAGCUAUCCAUCAGCUCUAUGAAGAGUGGCUCAUCAAACACACACUGUUUGAAGUUUCCUGCCCAGUGCUUGUCAUUGGAGCUGACCACGACAUGCAGAAAAUGAUAGAGAAGUACGAAGAAAACAGGGACCAAAUCCUCAACCCAUCAAACAGACACCACCAGUUAUAGGAGUCUGCCACUGCUGCAUUUUAAACACAUCAAGUCUGAUCUGGGGGCAAUUUGGGGUAUUUAUAAUAUUUCUAAAUAUUAGUUGGUGGUGGUUUUUGGGGUUUUCUUCAGUAUGCUUUGUAGAAUGUUGUGAACUUGCUGCUCUGAGAUGUUCAGACACAAAUCCUAAGCAGAGUAGAAAUCAAAUCCCUUUCCUGUGUUUAGGUUCUCUGCCAGCUUUACUGUGUCAGUUUUAGCCAGAUAAAGUGUGGCUUUUUCCUCUCAUUUCCAACUUUGUUGCUUCCUCUGAAGUAACCUAAGUUUCUUCUUAAGUUUUUUUUCUCCAAAGACAACCCCAUUUUUGUAUUUUGAAAGAAUCAGUUCCAGCAGAGCCUGAAGGGGUGUGAGCCACCCUCUCCAGUUUGGUGUUAGCAGCAGAAUAUAAAGGAAUCAUUUUACAUGACAGAUGUGCUGGACACAGAGCACCUUUCUUUGGUGGUUUGCUGUUCCUUGUGUAGUUUUUCAUUUAGAGGCAGGGUGGGGGGUAUUUAAUAUUAGAGAAUGGAACCAACCUAAACAGGUUGUUUGUUUUGUGUCAUAAAUGUGAAAUGCUUGCAGUCUGCUCUAGACAUGUAGAUAAAAAGUACUGUAGUCAUCAUAAAUAGCUGGGUUUAAGCCUGGAAUUUAUUUGCUUCUGAUUCUUGAUUUAAACCACAGAAUUUUAAUAACCCCCACAGGGGGAAAAACCAGCUCAGAAAACCCCAAAUGGUUAGGAAGAACAGAAAGGUACCUGAAAGAAGAUGAAGGAGGUUGUGUUGACCUAGCCAACAGUUAGACCCCUUCACAGCUGCUUGCUUCCUUCUUCCUCAGCAGAGCAGGGGAGAACAUGAAGAGCAAAAUUAAAGACUCUUUUUGGGUUAAGAUAGAGGAAGUGUGAAGGAAAGAAGGGAAGAAAAACCCCAAUGGCAGGAGCUGAUCACGUCCCCCAGGCAGACUGAUC